GGAUGCCGAUGCGACCCUACAACCGGUUACUCGUGACAGUCGACCGCGGCGUUUGAGGUCCUACCAUCUCUUACCCUUCUCAACCCGCUUAAGUCCUACAACUUUCGUUAUUCCCCUACGACGACCUCCCCCCUCCACAUACUAUUGAACUAUUCUCUACCAUCGUACGCCGUAGCGUUGUCACCAUGAACUCCGCAGAGCUCCGGCAUCCACUAUUACCCGGCGAUGCCUCGAAACCGACAACAGCGGCCGGUAUUUCCGGACCGAUCCUAGAUUCGAGCAGCGCUCACCCUGCAGGCAAGGCUAAGUAUGGCCGCUUUAGGGCGUUCCUGCGUGCUAUCUCCGUCUUCGUCUAUUUCGCAAGUGGCUGCUUGACGUAUGGCCCCUCCUCGUAUAGCCUAGGUAGGAAGAGGGAUCUUUCUGACAUGUGUACAGCAUACACCUUACUCAGAUCAUCGGUUCCCCAUUAUACUACGCCAACCGCGACCUCUACUAUGCGUAUAUGUCCCUGACCAAGGCAUCUUUUGGCCUAUUGAUAACCACCAUGACCCAGUGGUGGGCGCCUACGUUGAUAAGAAUGAGCGGCGAUUCUUCUGUUGCCGGGCAGCUCAGCUUGGCGCCUGAUGGCAGGGUCCAGUGCGCUUUUCCGGAGCGCAUGGUUAUGAUCGCGAACCACCAGGUCUGGGACCAGAUUGAUGGCCUGCGCCAAAGAACGUGAAUGGCUGACAAGUACGUUUUGUCGCAGAUUUAUACCGACUGGCUAUAUCUGUGGUGGGUUGGAUAUACGAACAACCCUCACAUGCACGGACAUAUCUACAUCAUCCUAAAAGAGUCUUUGAAGCGAAUUCCCAUCCUUGGACCGGGCUGCAUGUUUCUCGGCUUCAUCUUUAUGUCUCGCAAGAUGGCCGUCGAUCAACCUCGUCUAGCCCACAGACUUGGGAAGUUAAAAACUAAGCAUACGGACCCUGACGGCAAUAGCUAUUUGAACCCAAUGUGGCUACUCCUUUUCCCUGAAGGGACUAAUUUAUCUGGGAACGGCCGAAUCAAGUCAGCCCGCUGGGCCGCCAAGGCUGGGCUGAAAGAUACGGAGCAUUUGAUGCUGCCUCGAAGUACCGGCAUGUUCUUCUGCCUUAACGAACUUAAGGGGACCGUGGAUUAUGUGUACGACUGCACCGUAGCCUACGAAGGCGUUCCUCGCGGGAAAUACGGAGAAAACUAUUUCACCCUAUCGAGUACUUACUUUCAGGGGCGGCCUCCUAAAUCGGUAAAUUUCUACUGGAGGCGGUUUGCCCUAGCGGAUAUGCCAUUGGAUAACCAAGAGGAUUUCGAUAAGUGGCUUCGUGAGCGAUGGUAUGAGAAGGAUGCUCUGCUCGAGCAGUACGUUUCUACGGGCCGAUUUCCAGCAAAUCCGACCGGCGUUAAGGGUCAUAUCGAGACGGAGGUUCGAACUCAGUAUUGGUGGGAAUUCGGCAAAAUCUUCGUCAUGCUCGGUUCGUUUGGGUUGAUAUUUAGUUUCUUUUUAAGAACUCUGCGUACCCUCGCACGUGGUUAGUCUACCGAUAUCGAGCCCUUGCUUGCUAAUAGAUAAUCUGUGCGGGUAUUGCGUAAGGAAUGGUAAGAGAGACGAAGAGAGAGUUAUCCUUAAAUACCAGUGACGACAUGAAUCAAUGAUACCAUGAAGAAUAUGUAACAUAGGGGAUGGGAAUUUCGGAUUGGGUUGGCGAAUGCAUAACUAAACUUUUGAUAGCCUGAUAUUGUAAACCAUGUCGAUUAAUGGUUUAAGGCAUGAUGUCUUGUAGGAAAUAGGUAGUGAAUAUUAUUAUAUCCUCUUCA